AUGGCACGAGGAGGCAGACAUUCAAGGGCAUGCCUAGACAAGGCAGCAAAAUGCAUGAAAAAGUGGCCUGACGUGAAGAAGCGCUCCAAGGAAUACAACGUUGGUGACUUGGUGAUGGUGAAACUGCUGCCUAAUCAAUUCAAGUCCCUUCGCCAAGUGCAUAAAGGCUUGGUAAGACGAUACAAAGGCCCUUUCCCGAUUGUGAAGCGUGUUGGUGCUGUUGCCUACCAGCUCCAACUUCCCUCAAAGUUGAAGAUCCACAACGUCUUCCAUGUGAGUAUGCUUAAACCAUACCAUGAAGACAAGGAAGACCCUAGCUGUGGCGAAUCUAAGAGAGCUCCAAUGGCUAUUGUCACCAAAUUCGAUAAGGAAAUCGAAUGCAUCCUUGCGGAUAGAGUGAUAAGAAGAAGAGGAGUUCCCAACUACACCGAAUACUUGGUGAAAAGUGGAAAAAUCUGCCCUACAUCGAGGUUACAUGGGAACGUGAAGAUUUGCUAUGGCAAUUCCCCGGACACAUCCAAAACUAUAAGGCUCAAGGCGCGAUGA